CAGGGACACGAGCCUUGGAGCUUCAAGAAUCCGGAGGAGGGGAAGAUUUAGAAAUAUGGCUCCAACUUCUGAUGUGCUUCGUUUUAAGUUUUCAAGCUAUGGAGAUUCCAUGUUGCAGAAAAUGAAUUUGCUAAGGCAGCAAAAGCGAUUCUGUGAUGUCACAAUCCGAAUCAACAAUGUGGCCUUUCUAGGGCAUAAAAUAAUAUUUGCUGCAUGCUCUCCCUUUUUGAGAGACCAGUUUUUGUUAAAUGAUUCGAAGGAUGUCCGGAUUUCACUCCUCCAGAGUUCAGACGUUGGAGCACAGAUACUUUUGUCCUGUUACACUGGUAUCUUAGAGUUUCCAGUGAAGGAAUUGGUCAAUUAUUUAACUGCUGCAAGCUACCUUCAGAUGGGUCAUAUUGUAGAAAGGUGCACACAGGCCCUUUCUAAAUAUAUUGAGCCAAAGUUGUUGUCUGAAGAUCAUUCACACAACAUAGGUGAAAGCAGUACUUCACCUACAUUUCCUGAAACUUCAGAAAGGCCACAAGAAAGCCCUCCACCUGAUUCUGAGAAACACAAAUUGGAAGAUCUUAUCGAAACUGGGGAUGUCUCUGAUUGUGAAACUGAUUCAGAGGACAGCAACAUUCGUAUAGUUAAAGUAGAGUCUCUGACCAGUGAUAUUCAAGAAAGUGAGAAUGGUGAUAGUUUGAGCCAUCUCUCAAAUAAUUUCAGCAGUAGUGUGGAAAGAGCUGUUGCAAAUUCUCCAGAAUCCCAGUACUCUCUCAUCAAUUCAACUGUUGAUUCAAGAAACAACAAAGUGGUAGAUAGUUGUUUAGAGAAUUUUGUAGGAGAUCCACCCAGAUUAUCAGAAGUUGUCAAUGGUACAAGCUUUAUGCUGGCAGCUAAUGAAUUUGAAUUGCAAGGUUUGAGUAGUUUUCCAAAUGAGGAAAUGGCUGCUGCAGGUGGGUUUUUGUUCAAGCGUAACAGGGGCACAAAACUGUUUGCAAACAAAACAAUGUACACUAAUCAUUUUAAAAUGCAAGACAAAUGGCUUCAGAAGCCCCACCAUUGUAGUACAUGUGGAAAAGUCUUUCAGCACCUUGAAAACUUCAUUAGUCACCUGAAAACACACAAACUUUUCCUGUGUCUGCGCUGUGGUAAGAUUUUCACACAGAAAAGCAAUCUGACGCGGCACAUCAGAGUACACACAGGAAUCAAACCUUACCAGUGCACAAUUUGUGGAAAGACGUUCACUCAAAAAUGUUCUUUGCAGGAUCACCUGAAUCUCCAUAGUGGUGACAGACCACACAAGUGUAAUUAUUGCGACGUGGGCUUUGCACAUAAACCUGCACUCAGACGACACCUCAAAGAACAGCACGGGAAAAAAUGUGUAGAUAAUGUCACUGAAGGAAGCAUACAAGAAAUUACUCUGGAAGUAGACACUAUUGAAUGACUGCAGUAUUGCUGAAUUUGGUCUAAUAUCUUGUUAGAAGGCUGACUGAACAUCGUUGGCCAAGCAUAAAUCUAAACUUUUUUAGAAAAGGUAGUAGAACCAAUGCACCAAAUUAACAUCAUAAUGGUAUCUCAUUAGUGGGUUAGUAAAUAUGCAGAGCACUGCACUUGGGGGGAAAAAAAUGUUCUGUAGAUUUCUGUUCUACUGAUGAAAUAGAGCAUUGUGAACUAACUAUUUUAAUGUUUGAUUCUGUCUCUAAUUUGAAAGAUGCAGUUGAGUAGUUCGAACUGAUUGUGUUCUACAGGCCACUUGAAAAGUGGCAUAUGUCCUAUUUCAUACAGACGGAUGUUUUAAAAUAAGACACUAACUCUCUUUGCAUGUAGGCAAUGGAGUGCACCUGAUUAGUGAACUAUUUGUCCAGGAGUAAUAUCUAAAUUAUAAAGCUUUGCCUUAUGAUUUUGUUAAAAAUGGAAACGGGAAUAGGCUAUUCAUCCCCUUGAGCCUUUUCCACCAUUCAGUCAGUUUAUGGCUGAUUUGUACCUCAAUUCCAUUUUCAACUUUGUUCCACUUCCUUUGAUUCCCUGACCCAAUAACAAUCUACUGGUCUCAGUCUUAAAUUCCAAAUGAUCCACUCUUGUAAAUAGGAGUUCCAGAUUUUCACUGUUUUGUGGAGAAGAAAUGUGCUUCCUAACUUCAGCCACAAAUGACUUUGCUGUAAAGUCAAGGUAUUAUAUCCCUCUAAAUUUGAUUCUCUUACCAAAGGGAAUGAUUCUUUGAAAUUACCGUGUCUUAGAUCCCCUUAUUUUAAAGCCCCAAAGCACAUCGCUUAAAUCAUUUCUUUUUCUGUGACGUUUUCUUACUGAAAUUAUGCCAUUGUUUUAAAAUCUACUUCCAAAUGGCAGGCAUAUUUUCCCUAUAUUAAGUGAGUGGGCAAGGGUCUGACAGAUAGUGUACAAUGUUGGCAAAUGUGAGGUCAUCCUAUAUUUUUGUCAGAAUAACAGCAAAAUGGUCAGGACACUGUCCUUCGUUCCAUUUGGUACUGUCUUCCUAUCUCUUGUUCGCAGAUUUGUACCAGUAGAAGAUGCCAUUUUGGGGAAACUAAGUGACAAUUAGUAGGCAAGGAUAUGUAGUUGUAGUUUCCUCAGCAUGUAUCUACCAUGAAGGUUUUAUUCCUAACGGUAGUAAUUUCUUACAUUUGAACUUGAUGUUGUUAGAAUUACUAAUAGUUCUACUCCAGCAGUGACCCAGCAUAGGCUGCUUUACCUAGGUGUCUGAAGAAUCAAAGAAUUUUGUGUUAUAUGAUGUUACCGUGGACAUUGGUUUAAAUGAUUUAAGCACAUUACUCGUUUGUGUUUAACAGUCAUAUGUUUAAUUUCUGACCAAAGCACUUAAAUUUUGCUCAGCUAUUCCUUCAAGUUUCUAACAUGUGAAUAAUGGACUGCUGCUUGAAGGAAUUACAGAAUUGUACAAAACUGAUCUGGGGGUAAGGGGAUGAUUAGAGGAAGUAUUGCAUGGUUUAUGUUUUAAUUAGCAGUUCGGAUUUUUGAUUUGUCCUAAGGUAAUAAAAAUCAGACUGUUUUGAAAUUUGUCCCAUUUCCCUUUUCUCUCAGGCCCUAAAAGAAACCUAAAACUUAAUUUUUAAAAAAAGAAAUUCUGAUGCUGUUCCUGAAGCCAACACUGGCUGUAAAAAUAGCAGAUAAGCUCCUAAUGGUGAUAUUAUGGGAAUUUGAAGAGGACCUCAGUUGCCUAGGACAAUUUGCCAAAUGUAGAAGGGAAAUCUCAAACUGUUUUCAAAUGGCAUAACUGGUUUCUGUCAGAGGGGUCAGUUAGGGUUAAACCCUUGGUUUUAGAAGAGAUACUAAGAACUUCACCUUCACAGUGGAUCUGGAAGUGUAAUUUCUUUGAUCUUGUCCUGCAGAGUUUACUCCAUUGAGGUUUUAAGUUUUACUAAGCCCUCUGGUAUUUGGCUAUUUUCGUAUGCCAUAACAGUAAGUCUGAAUUCAUAAGUGACUCCAAUCUUGUCUCGUCUCGUAAUCUAUUGUUCACAAAGGAAUUGCUAGAUAGUGAUCAGUAGUGAAGCUCUGGCUCAUUUUCUUUUUGUCCCUUUGCAUCACCCUAGUAUAAGUAUGUGAGAAAAUUAUGAAUUUUCUAUAUGCAUUGACUUGGUAGUUUAAAGAGACAUUACAUUGGCAAUUUCAUCAUAUGUAACAUAAAUGUUGGAUUCCAACCUUGCUGCAUUUGAAAUCUGUCAGGAAUGUAAUCUUGUAAGGUACCAUUAUCCCCAAUUUUCUUAAUAGUACCUUUUUUAUUCUGAACUAAAAGAUAUGUUAUGUCACAAUAGCUCAUGCCAGUCAUAAUGUCUCCGUGCAUACUGCUGUUGAAAUUUUCUAGACAAUAGUGUUAGGGAUUUUGACUUCAUGCCCAUAGACCUCCCACUCUGUGGUCUGAUCUGUCUUGAUUUGAGGUUUUAGACUCUGAACCACUGUGUUGCUGUGUCUUUCAUGUAUGUUUAUUUCUAUUAAAUCAAAUGAUUAACCAUU